GUGUAAGGUAAGGAGAAUAAUGAAUUGAAAAGUUGUCAAAUUCCAGUUACCAAAAAAUAAAUAAUAAAUCAAAAGAGGUUGAAGUUGAGAUUUGUAGGCUCCUAAAUUGGUCAAAAACUCAAAGCAUAGUUUCAGAUUAAGACAAUAAUAAUAAUAAAAAAAUGUCUGGGAGAUUAUGUCAAAGAGACAGCGGGAUCAUGACGGCGAUGGUGGCGGUGGUUGUCUCCGACGUCGGAAUGAAUACUCUGUUUAAAGCAGCAAGCUCAAAGGGAAUGAGCUCUUAUGUAUUCUUAGUCUACUCAUAUGGAAUCGGAGCUCUUCUUCUUCUUCCUUCUCCUUUCAUCACCCACAGGUCAAGAUCUCUUCCACCGUUAAAGUUCUCAGUUCUUUGUAAAAUGGGACUUCUUGGAUUACUUGGAUGUGUGUAUCUGAUGUUGGGAUACACAGGAAUCAAAUAUAGUUCUCCUACUUUAGCAUCAGCAAUGAGUAAUCUUACUCCUGCUUUCACUUUCAUCUUCGCUAUUCUCUUCGGAAUGGAGAAGGUAUCAAUGAGGAAAAAUAGCAGUGUAGCCAAAGUAGUUGGCACUAUAGUUUCGAUAGUGGGUGCACUUGUGGCCACUCUAUACCAUGGUCCCAUCAUCUUCACCGCAUCUCAACCAUCCGUUUAUCUUCCUCAGCCUCUUACGCCGCCUCCAUCAUCACCGUCGAAUACUAAUUGGGUCAUCGGUGGAGGACUUUUAGCACUUGAGUACACUCUCAUCGCGGUCUCUUAUAUCAUUCAGACGCAUAUAAUGAGGGAGUAUCCAUCAGAAUUUGCGUUGGCACUUUCCCACAAUGUAUGCGUUUCAGUGUCUUGUGCAUUUGUUAGUUUAUUCGCCGAAAAGAACAAUCCGAGCGCAUGGAUUAUGAGAUCGAAAAUUAUGUUGAUAUGCAUCAUUGCAACGGGGAUGGUAAAUUCGACUGGCUAUGUUGUUGAGUCAUGGACAGUGCGACAUAAGGGGCCAGUGUUCCUAGCAAUGUUCAGGCCAUUAGCUAUAUUAACCGCUGUGGUACUAGGAGCAAUAUUUCUAGGCGAUUCACUCUAUCUCGGAAGUGUGAUCGGUGGAACAUUGAUUUCGAUCGGUUUCUAUACGGUUAUGUGGGGAAAAGCAAAGGAGGAGAAGGCUGAUAUCGAAACUAAUGUAGCUACAUCGUCGAAUUCAAAGAGAAUUCCGCUUUUGAUGAAUUAUGCCGCAGAGAAAGAAGUGUAACAUUGUAACAUUUUGAAGUCGUAUAUAGCAACAAUUCAUUUUCAGGGUUUCAAAGUCAAAUAGCAAAUGGCUUUAAUUAGUAGUUUAGCCUAAUCUAAUUUUCCAAAGCAUACUGGUAUGAUUAGGAUCGAAGAGUUUUCCUCAUAGAUAUCAUUGUUGGAAAUUCAGGCAACAACCUAUUUCCUUGUAUGAACUCAUUUUUGGAAAUGCAGGUAACAACAAUACUUGUAUGAUUA